AAUUACAAAUAAAACUUCUCUGCAAAAAAACUGAUGGCAAAGAUACACCCCCGAGAACCUCUUUCUUCAGCUCCCUGUUACUUCACAUCUAAACAGGAAACUUUCACCAUAUGGAUGAAGUCUCUGGUUCUCAGUGGCAAUGGCUGCACCGUGUUCGAUUCAAACGGCCAUGUCGUUUAUCGUGUUGAUAACUACAACUGCAAGUCUGGAAAUCAAGUUCAUCUCAUGGAUUCCUGGGGCAACGUCCUCUUCACCAUAUUCAGAAAGAAAUUCAAGUUGCUGGGUUGUUGGGAGGGCUACAAAACCUCUGGCUCUGGUGCAGAUGACGAGAGAAAGCCAGGUUUUCAAGUGAGAAAAAGCUUCAGGCUUUUAAGAGGAGGGUCAUUAUGCAGAGCUCUUGUGGGGUUAGACCAGAAUCAACCAUCGCAAUACAAGAUUCAAAGCUGGACUCGCAACUCAACAUGCAGGAUAAUAGACGACUCUGGGGGACUCAUCGCAGAGGUGAAGAGAAAGGAGUCAAAGGGUGGAGUUGUGUUAGGUGAAGAUGUUUUAACGAUGGUGGUGGAGCCCUGUAUGGAUCAUUCUCUCAUCAUGGGACUUCUUGUCGUCUACAAUCUCAUCAAAUGUAAAAUCUGAAGUUUUGGGAAAAAAAAAAAAAGGGGCUUUCUGUACAUAUAUAAAACUAGCUAUUCUCUCAUCAUGGGACUUCUGGUAGUCUACAAUCUCAUCAAAUGUAAAAUCUGAAGUUUUGGCCAAAGAAAAAAGCUUUCUGUACAUAUAUAACACUAGCUAAUAAAAAAAAAAAAAAAUCUUUAACCAAUGUUUUUCA